GGGCGUGCGCAGGGGCGGCGGCGCGGCGGCGCGGGGACGCGCGGUGACCGUUGGCGCCGAGGGGAGGAGGCAGCCGCCGCUGCCGCCGCCGCCGCCGCCGCCGCCGCCGUUGCGCAGAUCCGGGCCGCGGCUGUGGGGAGGGCGACGGAGCGGGUGACCUUCCGGAGGCGGGAGCGAGCGAGGAGGCCCAGGAGCGCCGAGCGUCGCUGCCGCCGCCGCCAUGAACAACUCGGGCGCCGACGAGAUCGGGAAGCUCUUCGUGGGCGGUCUUGACUGGAGCACGACCCAAGAGACUCUGCGCAGCUACUUUUCCCAAUAUGGAGAAGUCGUAGAUUGUGUUAUCAUGAAAGAUAAAACCACCAACCAGUCUCGAGGCUUUGGGUUUGUCAAAUUUAAAGACCCAAACUGUGUGGGGACGGUGCUGGCCAGCAGACCGCACACGCUAGACGGCCGAAACAUCGACCCCAAGCCAUGCACACCCCGGGGGAUGCAGCCAGAGAGAACACGGCCGAAGGAAGGAUGGGUAAGGGGCUGGGCUGGGCGGCCUCCUCCCCGGGGGAUGCAGCCAGAGAGAACACGGCCAAAGGAAGGAUGGCAGAAAGGACCCAGGAGCGAUAACAGUAAAUCAAAUAAGAUAUUUGUCGGUGGGAUUCCUCACAAUUGUGGUGAGACAGAGCUCAGGGAAUACUUCAAGAAGUUCGGAGUGGUCACGGAGGUAGUCAUGAUCUAUGAUGCCGAGAAGCAGAGGCCCCGAGGUUUUGGAUUUAUUACUUUCGAGGACGAACAAUCAGUGGACCAGGCUGUCAACAUGCAUUUUCACGACAUCAUGGGCAAAAAAGUGGAAGUUAAACGAGCUGAGCCUCGGGACAGCAAGAGCCAAGCGCCGGGACAGCCAGGUGCCAGCCAGUGGGGGAGCCGGGUUGUGCCCAACGCUGCCAAUGGCUGGGCAGGCCAGCCCCCGCCCACGUGGCAGCAAGGAUAUGGCCCGCAAGGAAUGUGGGUGCCGGCAGGACAGGCGAUUGGUGGCUAUGGACCGCCGCCUGCAGGAAGAGGAGCCCCCCCACCACCCCCACCGUUCACCUCCUACAUCGUGUCCACCCCUCCUGGAGGCUUUCCCCCUCCCCAGGGCUUCCCUCAGGGCUAUGGUGCCCCACCACAGUUCAGUUUUGGCUAUGGGCCUCCACCUCCACCGCCAGAUCAGUUUGCCCCUCCGGGGGUUCCUCCUCCACCGGCCACUCCCGGGGCAGCACCUCUGGCUUUCCCACCGCCUCCGUCUCAGGCCGCCCCGGACAUGAGCAAGCCCCCAACAGCUCAGCCAGACUUCCCCUAUGGUCAGUAUGGUAAGUGGUCUCCUGCCAUGCCGCGUCCCCGCUGGCCCCAGGACCCUGGGCACGGCCUGACUACUUCUGCUUCCUCCCCUGCUGGAUGCCCCCCAGCGUUUACCUGGUGGGAAAGGGGAGAGGGAGGAGAGGGGGGUGCGGGGGUUGUUGGAGAGACCUCGUGGCAACUCGAGCCCGGCAGAAGGGAGUGUGGGAGUCUUGUCGCAGCAGAGCAUUCGUCGCACAGCAGGUGUUGCAGGGCCUGCAUGUGUGGGAACCUGAGUGGCGACUGGGUCGAGGGAAGUGAGUCCCAGGCGGCUGUGAUCACUGUCUCAAGGUUGAGGCCCUUGGUGUGGGUCCCGGGUGCACUGGCCCCUUGGUGGGUUCCAGUUUCUGGCGUCAUCAGCUUCCCGCUGGGUCCAGACCCCGCUUGGGGCAGAAGCUGGGUCCUGUAGCAGGCGUGGCCUGGAUGUGGGCUUCUCCCUGGACUGGAUGGCUGUCGUGCCUUGGGUCUGCCUGGACGUGAUCUGCAGGCAGCGCAUGUGCUUCCCGGGCAGGAGCUUGUGGGGGGCGGGGUCAGCAUGGGUCAAGGUCUGCGUGUCUAGUUCUCGCCCUGCACCGAGCCGGGAGUCACAGCAGCCUUGCUCAGGACCAACGCAGUGGUCUCAGUGGGCAGGGCUCCAACCACGGUCAGCGACUCCAGCACCAGGGGUCAUUCACAAGCAGGGUUUGAGAACAUGGGGCACCUGUCUCCAGGUGGCCAUGGGCUUCUGGGGUGCCUGUGAACACGCUUCCUUUAGGCCUGGUGGAGGCCGGGGCGUGGGAGCUGUGUUUGGCCGAGGUGCCCGCCCACCCACCUCGCAUGGCUCUGGUUCCCCUGCCCCCACGCCCAGGCCUUGGGCCGAGGUUGCCGCAUGUGUGGGUUCUUGACCCACUCACCACCAAACCCUGGCGUGUCUGCGACUGGCAGGGGGGCGUGAGGCGCCCAGUUGGGGCGUGGCGUGUGUCAGCCGCUGCUCUUGGUGGUGGCUGCUUGGGUUGGUCACCCCGGUCUCGUCUCUUGCCAGGCCUGGGUUCCUAUUCUCCGGCCCCGCCGGGCUGCGGCCCACACUUUGUUUACAGUCUUAUGGUCAGGCUGAGCAGUGAUGUGGCCUAGGUAGGUGCCGCCUCCUUCUCCAGGGUCCUCCCACCCGCCUGCACCGGGAGGUGGACGUGGCUUCCUCUGCCGUCCCGGGCGGGGGUGGACGCUGGCGGUGCCCUCUGGGAAGGGGCCCUUGCCGGUGCCAAGACAUUGGCCACAAGCCUUCAGCGGGCCCAGGAUCCCCCAGAGAGAGCCCACGCCCACCUGUGCCCACGUGCACCCGACUGGGAACCCAGAGGUCGUGGGAGGGGCUUCCUGCAAGGUGUGCAGCGGGGUGGGGAGCAGCCUGAGCAGCUCUGUCCUUGUGAAGACACCGCUGUCCACGCUCCUGAGGUCGGCUGUGUGGGCCGGACAGGCUGCAGGGUGUGCUGGCCCCUCAGCCAGUGGUGUCACUGGGGCAGUCAGGUUGGGCCCAGAAACCCUUCCUUGACGCGUGCCACCGAUGGACGUGCCCUGACAGGAAGGACAACGUGGGGUCUGGUCUGCGAUGGAAGGGCAGGCCCUGUAUCUCCGCAAGGGCCCGUCAGGGGUUUUCUGAAACUCCGAGAGCCAGCUUUCUAGAAGACCGGUCCGCUGUGCCUCGGGCCAUGUGUGUCUCCAAGCCCCGAGGCUUCUCCACCUCCCCUCACCCCCCCACCCCCAACCACGUCUUCGGGAUUGAACAGGGAAGCGGUGAGGUUAUGUGGGCCAUGGAGGGCUCUAGAAGCCGCUUUUCUCUGUGUGUGCCCCUGCUCACAUGUUUUUGAGGGAGAGAACAUGCCCGGGGUCCUCUCCCUGGCCCAGGUGCUGGCCUCAGAAGGGCCCCACCCCCACCCUGUGGGGCCUGUGGAUUCAAGGCAGGCUCAGCGGAACUGUGUCCAGGUGGCCUCGCUCGAUGGUAGUGCCAGCCGCCCGGGGACCUCCCUGAGCUCACAGGACUCUCUCCCCCAGCAGGUUACGGGCAGGACUUGAGUGGCUUUGGACAGGGCUUCUCGGACCCCAGCCAGCAGCCUCCUUCCUACGGGGGUCCCUCCGUGCCAGGGUCGGGGGGCCCCCCCGCCGGUGGCAGCGGCUUUGGACGAGGGCAGAACCACAACGUGCAAGGGUUCCACCCCUACCGACGCUAGCCCGCGGCGCCGCGAUGUCUGCACGGCCCAGACCCAGGAUUCCAAACUUGUGAACUCGUGACAAUCACAAAUGUGGCGGCAAAGUAGCGACUCAACCUUGGGGGGGCGGGGGGAGGGCGUGAGGCUUUUGGAGCGGCUGUGGGUGUCGUCUGGACUGAGGUUUUUAAAUAUUUCUUUCUCUAACCCAUCAGCACAAUAAAAAAAAGUCACUGGUUCAACAACAGGGUUUAAAAAAAAUGUCUUCAGCUUUAAUUCAAAACUUCAGGUUUCUUUUUCUUCCUUUUUUUUGGAAAUUAUUUUCCUGAGCCUUUUGUUUUACGGUAUAUUGUAAACUUUUAUGUUAAAGAAAAAAUAUACAUUUACAAAUUGUGAGAUUUUUAAGAGAAAUUUUCUACGAUGUAUACUGGCUUAUUUUUUAAUUUAAAACAGGGUUUCCGUCGGCACUGGUGGAGGGGGGUGCGCUGUUAGUCCCCUCGCUCCUGGCUUUGGGGGUUGGGACUUGGUGGUCCAGAAACUCUGGGAGCUUCAAGAAGAAAUCUACUGAGUGUGUUUCUGUUUUUUGUUUAAUUCCUUGCUUUUGUCGACUGACCUGCUUGGUAGUGUCUGAGGUGAACUGUGGGGGUUGCGCACAGCCAGCCGCGUGGAUCCCACGCAGCGCUGAACCGAACCGAGUAGGAAGCCUUUCUCCCCAGGCACGUGGCUUCAGGGCGUUUCCCAUUGACCAGUUUGACCCUGGUUUGAAUAAAGAGAAGUGCGUUUGGAUUAGAAA